AUGCACAAUUGCACUCUGAGUCUGGGCAUCCUGACCAGUGAGUGCUUCACACUUGGCCCUGCAUUCGCUUUGCUGCCUACAAUUGGGCAGGAUCGAAGGGCUCAAGGUUUUAAGUGUUCGGAUUUGGGUCCUGAGAUAAACCUGACCUCAUCCAUCAACCUGGCUAUCCUUCAACACCUGGAAUUUCAGGAGGCCAUCCAGAUUCUGAAAAAUGGGAGUGCACCACUGCUAAUAAGUAUGCAGGUGUUUGUGUCCAAUGUGUUUAAUUCGGUAGGUGUCCUGAUGAUGCAGCAAGGCACAGGGCCUAGUGCCAAACUGGAAAGGGAACAGAAUUCAGCCUUGGCUAGUGUUUGGGCUUCCUGCUGCCUGUCCCAGUGGCCAACCCAAUGUGAUGUUCCCCUCCCCAGCACAUCCUGCAGCACAGUGCUGAUGCUAAGGCUGGUGAACUCCUCCUGGCUGGCUGCUCAUCUAACCUGGAAUGUUAACAUGCAUUCCCAGCAUGCAGUCACACUGCCCUAGAAUUCACUCUGGAUACCCAGACUCACAUUCCAGGAAGUAUGCCUCUCAGGGAACAUUUCCCUUCUGGUGGCUACCACAGUUGCAUGUGCAAAGAAUCUCUCUAGCAGAGCCCUGGUGGGGCUGGCAAAACUGGGGGAAAGGUCUCCCCUGCCCCAGCACAAGAAUGGGCUGGGCUCUGGCCAUGUGGACCAGGAUGGUCAUGGAGUUAACUUGGCCCUAACCAUGGAGAUCACUUGUGACUUUGAGCUCCUCCAUUUCCUCAGGGACCACAGCGACUGUAGCCUCAGUUUCGACCCUUUCAGCAACACUGGUGCUCACAGAGCCUGGGGUGUGAGACUGGGUGGGAUGUUAGAGAGGCUGGUCUCCAGUCUAGCCUGGACAGGGCUCUGUGACCUAUCAGACCAGUGUGCACGCCCUCCCCCAUCCCCAUCCCAAGGCUGUGAAAACCUGUGGAUUAGCUCCUCUCCCAUGGCCCUCAGAGGCCCUCGGAAGCCCGCAGCUUCCAGAGAACAUGCAGUUCGUGACUUGAAAGCUCAGGUCCCACGCCAGCAUCCCAUGCCCUUCCAGGUGACACUUCUACCUGGGAAGAGGCUGGUAGAGCCUGGUGGAGGGGAGAGGGAUGGCUGCGUCGAGAUACACCUUGGAGACAAGAGCAGCCCCAACCCCGUGCCCAGAGUGGAAAAGAGUGACCUUCAGAAGAGCCCAGGACUAGUGUGGGAGUUCCCUGUCCCCCAUGCAUUCAGCCUAAAGCCCCUGCAACCACGGCUGCAUGGCCUGGGCCAUGAGUACCGAAGCUGGGAACCAGGGAACAGAUGA